AUGGCGGGGGCUGCAGGGGCCUGCAGCUAUGGGGAGGCCGUGAAGUCGGAGCGGCUGCGUAUGCAGUUAAGCAGUGUGGGUGAGCGCUUUAUCGGUUUCAAGACAUCCAUUGCCGACGACACUCGGCGGCGACGGAUGAUGGAGGAACAGCGAUUCCAGGAAGUCAAGGAAAGCAUUGCCCGCCUCGAGAAAGCGCUAAACAGCGAGAUUAAACGGAGAGUAGAGGCGAACCGGACGCUGCAGCGAGUGGCAGAGCAAAUGGCAAACGAGAUGCUUGAACGGCUGCAGACGCGCAUCGCGAAACAGAUCGAAAAGCUCACGAUUUCAAUGGAUCUACUGAUUACGCGUUGUGAGGGCCUUGAGAGGAGCCUUGCGCAGAUGAAGGGCGAACUGCCAAACAAACUGGCGCAGGAAACCGUUGCUCUCGUCAGUGAGCUGGUGACACUCAAAGAGCAAUUUGAACUUGAGAAAAAAGGGCGUAUUGACCGUGAGCAGAUGCUCGUGAAACGGCUGAACGAGCUGCAGUAUGGUCUUGAUGCCAAGCUCGAGGCGGAAAUCGCGCUGAGACAGGAGCAGCUGAACCAUCUAAAGAAAGAAGUUGAACAGCUCGUCAGGGGAGACGAGAGUCACGAGCAGUUCCGGACGUUUAUCAUCGAAGAAUUGCAGGCCAUGAAAAGUGGUUUGGCGUUGGCAACGCAAGCUCGAGAACAGUCAGACGAUGAAAUAAUUCACGCUAUCAACCAGUACACGACGGCCCUGCAAAAAGGCCUUCGAAAUAUAACAAGUCGCUGA